AUGGCGUCGACGUCCUACCGCGUCGCGGGGACGGUGCCGCUGCUCGAGCCGCUGGUCAAGUUCCCGCGCCUCAUGGCCUUCCUCAACCACUUCAUACAUGACAAGUGGCGCUCAAAGGACCGGCUGGCAGAGUUUGUGCGUCUGCAUCAUCAUCAGGACGACGACGGCCAGAGCCAGAGUCAGAGGAGACGACCCGAGUACCACAUCUCUAUCCUCCACGGCGAGGACGACUACGACAUACCCUGGACGCACAGCGAUCAGCUCUUCUGGCACGCCGUUAGCGCUACCGAACCCACCGGCAUCACGUACGAGGAGCUGGAGAAGGAGAAGUCCGACACCAGGGUGGACUUGGGUGCUGGCGGGUGGAUGGUGGAGCGUAGGUCUUCGAGGGGCGUCAUCACCGAGCAGAUUCUCAAAAACGGUCUGCACGACAGGAUCAUGGGGUAUCCAGUCGUCAGCCUGGCGAUUUACAAGGCAUUCAACCACGAGUGA